AGCAUCAUAAUGACUUAUUAAGGUGGACAGCAUCUCUGUAGUUAUUCUGCGAAGUAAUCUAAAACGACAUAUGAAUGGUGCUUGUGCGAUGUUUCUCCGGGGUAAACACGUGGACAGAAACAACAACAACAACAACGAACAGCUUACCGUAAUAGGAGAAGUGGGUCGAGUGAGUAAAGCCGUGUUCUCCCUCCUCGUGCUGGGCAUCCUAGGAAUCGGUGGAGGCGUUAUCAUCAUCACCUUUCGCAGAAAGAUCACCUGCCGCCGCGGCGAACGCAGAGACCCACUGGAGACUGUUGUUCAGCUGCGGGAACAAAUUAGGCAACUGGGAAGAAGGAUGGAUGUGGAGGAAGGAGAGGUGGGAGAGGGACGACCCAUGCCCUAUUUAUCACCGCAAACAGCGACAACCUCGGUGUAAUGUUACCCCUGUACCACUGUGAACGUGGUUCCACGUCUGAGUUACCUGACUCACAAUAUAAAUAUAAUAAUGUUUUAACCAGAAAA